AAGCCUCCUGCAAAUUAGAGAAAGCAACUGGAUCGGGUCAAGAAUCCUUCGACGACCCAAACAGAGCUACUCUUUCUCAGUUCUUCUCUCCUGAAUUCUUCAUCGAUGGAUCACAGGGUGGGGGGAAGUCAUUGAGGUGGAGGUCCUCUUGGGGUUUUAUUCAAAAUUCAAAUUCUAUGGGUUUUCCAGAAAACUUUGCAACUUAGUGAAUGAUCGAACGGAGGUCAAACGGAUACAAUAUAAUACAUAUAAUGGUGGAAAUUCUGAUGAAGUAAAUGCGGCAUAGAUGGGACAAUCAUUGUAUAUGCAUCUUCUUUUCAAACAUAUCUGUUUUCAAGGGAUUAGUAGUGCUUCUUCCCAUGUUAGACACAAGAAGUAUACAUUUUCCAACUAUUAUUUAUAGGCCAAUGGGGCCAUCUGAUCUUGAACCUCUUGUGAAGAUACAUGCUGCCCUAUUUCCUGUAAGGUAUGAGAGAGAAUUCUUUCUCAAUGUUGUCAAUGGCCGUGGUAUUACCUCAUGGGCUGCUGUUGCUGUUGGCCAGCCUGAUGGACAAAGUGACGAACUUAUUGGAUUUGUCACUACGCGUAUUGUUGCAGCAAAAGAUAGUGAGAUUGAUAACUUGCUUAGGUAUGAUAUUUCGUGGAAAGAUCCAACUCUUGUGUAUAUCUUGACACUUGGUGUGGUUGAACACUAUCGAAAUCUUGGAAUAGCUAGUUCACUUAUACGAGAGGUCAUAAAAUAUGCUUCAAGUAUUACAAGUUGCAAAGCAGUUUACUUGCAUGUCAUUGCCUAUAACAAUCCGGCCAUCCAUUUUUACAAGAAGAUGCUCUUUAAGCUUGUAAGGAGGUUACAAAAGUUUUACUAUAUAGAUGGGCAGCAUUAUGAUUCAUUCUUGUUUGUUUACUAUGUAAAUGGUGGCCGAUCUCCCUGCUCUCCACUUGAUGAGCCCUCAAAAAAAUUCAUGCGCAGACAAAUUGUGGCAGAAGUUGCAAAAUACUUUAGGGGUGUAUUGAAGUCUCUUUCUUCAAAAAUCUGGAAGAAUGCUGAGAAGAAGAUUUCAAGACGGUCCAAAUGUAAAGAAACUAGCACCCUUCUUGUCAGAAACAACACCAGAAUCUUGAGUUCAGAUAGUGCUUUAUGUGAAGCUGUUUGAGUCCCUUUUAUUCUUAUAGCACGCAGAGAAGUGGGGAAAGUAGUUACUUUAGGAUUAUUGGCUGUUGGUUGGUUUAGUACUAUACACACUGUACUUGUAUAUGAACACCAGUUUUUGAGCUCGAUGCACGCGCAUCAUAUGUGUAUUCCCUGUAAAAACUCAUAAACUCGGUUCUUGAACUUAAAUGUAUUGCAAAGUAUGUUUGUCAUUCGUC